AUGAAGCUGGUUUUAGGCCUGUUCCUUUGCUUCCUCUCCUCAGAAGGUAAUGCAGACCAUCUGGAAGAAUCCAGGAAAUUAAAGGCUCUAAGAAGCUUUCAGUUCUCAUGUCAGGAGGUGACAUUACCUGAGACCCCUUCAUCUUCAGUUCAUGCUCUGAGGCCAGCUGACAUUAAAGCAGUUGCUGCAAUAGGAAAUUUGCAAAGAACACCUGGAUCUGUUGUACAUCAUGAAGAUUUACUCCAAAGCACAGGAAAGAGCCUCCUUGAAGUAAACGUGGAAACUUUAGCAGCUCUUAUUAGCAAUUUUAAUCCCUCGGUCCUACACCAGUAUCCUCCGCCUGGCACAGAGGGAGUGGCAUCAGACAGUCAAGCCAUAGACCUCCUGCAUCAAGCUGAAGAAAUAGUGAAGCUCAUGAAAGAAAAUCAGAUGAUGGACUUCCAAAAUGACUGGAAACUGAUCACAGUUUUUUUUAGUGCUGAAAACCCGUGUUCUUCCUGUGCCUCCACACAACUGGACAACUGCAUAUUGGACAACCUGGAAAACCUUACAGCUGUCUUAGAUUUUUUGUAUAAAAAGGUUCCUAAAGCCUUCAUAAAUCUAGUGGGUUCCACUGAGCUCACAACUUCCUCUCUUGCAUGCCAAGAUUACAAUAAUGUCAGUAAUCCAGGCAAGAAUCAGUGCAAUUGUGAUGGUGAAUGCUCCACAUUAGAUGAUAAUGUGUUGAGGUGGUCUUAUCAGGAUGCUUGGGAAAAACUGCUGGAGUCUGAAAGGUUUGAUCAAAAGGAUGACUUCACUGUUGUUCUCCAACCUUCUCUCCUGCUCAGACCAGGCAGGAAUGGUUUCAUUACCACAUCAAAGACACAAGUGGAAACUCUGGAAGAACAUUAUACUUCCUUGGCUGUGGGCCUCUGGAACAACAUGAUGGAGCCAGUUGGACAGAAGCAGCUUUACAGUGACACAAAAAUGCUUCAGGUCCAGUGUCCAUCUCAGGAAAAUCCAUAUUUGUUCACGUAUAGAAAUAGUAACUACUCAUCUUCCCCAGAGACAUCAAACACCAAAGAAACCUCUCAGGAGAGGAUUUAUGGAACAAAUAUUCCCUGUUUUGACCUGAGUCCCUCUGAUACAGUUCCAGUUUCAGUUCAUCAUUUGAAACCAGCAGAUAUCCAGGUGAUUGCUGCCCUGGGAGAUUCACUCACAGCAGCUAAUGGGGCAGGAUCCAAACCCCAUAAUGUUCUGGAUGUCCUGACUCAAUACCGAGGUCUUUCUUGGAGCAUUGGAGGAAAUGAAAACAUAAGCACAGUCACAACACUAGCAAACAUUCUUCGUGAGUUCAACCCAUCGCUGAUAGGGUAUUCCACUGGCACUGGAAGGGAGACUACAGCUAAUGCUGCACUCAACCAAGCUGUGGCAGGGAGUCAUGCAGAGGAUGUUCCUGCACAAGUUAAAAGACUGGUGGACCGAAUGAAGAAUGAUACUAGAAUAAAUUUUCAGACUGAUUGGAAGCUCAUAACACUUUUCAUAGGAGGAAAUGACCUAUGUAACAUCUGCAGUGAUCCAAUACGCUAUUCUGCUGAAAACUACACCUACAAUCUGCAAGUAGCUUUGGACUUACUUCACAAAGAGGUUCCACGGGCAUUUGUGAAUCUUGUAACAGUGCUUACCAUAUCAAGACUCCGGGAGCUGCAUGCAUCAAAAAACAAUUCCUGCCCAAAGCUGAUUAUGAGCCUUCUGUGCCCUUGUGUCAUAAAUCCAAAGGACAAUUCUGAUGCGUUCAAGAAGUUGAUCUACUUCAACAGAAGAUAUCAGGAGAGAACUCGCCAGCUGGUGGAGAGUGGAAGGUAUGACACUAGGGAUGAUUUCACAGUGGUUAUGCAGCCAUUUCUGAGGAAUGUGAGCAUGCCAAAAACAGAGGAGGGGUUGCCAGACAGUUCAUAUUUUGCCCCAGACUGUUUCCACUUCAGCCAGAAGACUCAUUCUCAGGCUGCACGUGCUUUGUGGAACAACAUGCUGGAACCCUUAGGAGAGAAGACAGAAAAUAAGAAAAUAACAGAUGAAAUUGUUCUCAAAUGUCCAAAUGAGGCUGAGCCAUUCCUGAGGACAUAUAAGAACAGUAAUUACACAUACCCUAACCAAACUCCAAAUUAUGGAAGCCAGCUGCUAUGUGAGGACAAGUCUCCAUCAUCCUCUCCUGCAACUUCAGUGCAUUUCCUAAAGCCAGCUGAUGUGAAAGUCAUAGCAGCCCUUGGAGAUUCUUUGACGGCUGGUACAGGAAUUGCCUCAGAUAAUCUCCUGGAUGUGGAUACUGAAUACCGGGGACUGUCUUGGAGUAUUGGAGGAGAUGCAUCAUUAGAGAAUGUGACAACUCUACCUAACAUCUUUCGAGAACUCAAUGGUAAAAUUGUGGGCUAUUCAACUGGCACUGGGAGCGAGAACGAUACAAAUGCAUUCCUUAACCAGGCAGUUCCUGGAGCACAGGCAGAGCACUUACCAGCCCAAGCAAGAAAUCUCCUGAGACUAAUGAAAACUGAUCCUAGAAUUGACUUCAAUGCUGACUGGAAGCUCAUAACAGUGUAUAUUGGAAACAACGAUCUGUGUAUCUAUUGCAAAGACCCUGAUCACUACUCAGCUGUGAAUUUUACCAGAAGGAUUCAAGAAGCUCUUGAUAUUCUGCACAUGCAGGUUCCAAAAGCUCUAGUGAGUCUGGUUGCAGUGAUGGACCUCCUCCCUCUGAGACAGUUGUUUGUGGAUACUCAAGUUCAGUGCCCCACUUACCUGGCAGAUUAUCUGUGUAGUUGUGUUCUCACAGGAGAAGAAAACUCAACAAAUUUAAUGAUGGUGAGGGAAGCCACCAAAGCUUACCAGCUUGGCAUUCAGAGACUCGUGAAAUCUGGCAGAUAUGAUACUCAUGAAAAUUUCACAGUGGUCAUCCAGCCUUUCCUCCAAAAUAUCCACAUUCCUCUUGGUCAGGAUGGGCUUCCAGAUGUCUCCUACUUUUCACCUGACUGCUUCCAUCCAAGCCAGAAAGGCCAUUCUCAGCUUGCCAAGGCUCUCUGGAAUAACAUGUUACAGCCUUUAGGCCAGAAAGAUGACUCAUUUGAUUCAAUGACUGAUAUUGUCCUCAGCUGUCCAACUCAGAACAAACCAUUCCUGGGAACGUACAAAAAUAGCAACUACACAUAUCCACCUGUGGAGCCCACUAAUGAGCCAACAGAGAAUUGGGGCAGUGACCUGUCAUGUCCUGAACAACCUUCAUCCAAUCAUGUGUCAACAUCAGUACAUAAGCUACAACCUUCUGACAUCAAAAUGAUAGGAGCACUGGGAGAUUCCCUGACUACUGCAGUAGGAGCCGGAGCAACUGACUUAAAAACAAACUGGAGGGGACUUUCCUGGAGUGUUGGAGGUGACGAAACCCUGGAGACCCAGACUACGUUACCCAAUAUCUUGAAAAAAUUCAAUCCAAACCUCUUUGGCUUCUCCACUGGCACCUCUAAGGAAACAGCUGGGUUCAAUGUGGCAGAGCAAGGUGCCACAGCAUGUGAUAUGCCUGCACAAGCACGUGAAUUGGUGGAGCUAAUAAGAAAUAGCUCGAAAAUUAACUUCAAGAAAGACUGGAAGCUGAUCACUGUUUUCAUUGGAGGCAACGACCUAUGCCAGUACUGCUUAGACAAGGAAACCUAUUCAGUGCAAAACUAUGUAAAGCACCUUCAGGAUGCUCUGGAUAUUUUCUAUGAGGAGCUCCCAAGAGUCUUUGUCAACAUGGUGGAGAUACUGGAGAUGUCUGGACUGCGUCAAAUCGCAGCAAGCUCUUCAGAGUGUGCUUUGACAGCAAAGAAUGUUUGCCCAUGUUACUUAAACCCUGAGGAAAAUUCUUCUGAACUACAAGAGAUUGAGAGGGUUAAUAGAGAUUUUCAGGCUGAAGCCUUGCAGCUGGUCAGCAGUGGUCGGUAUGAAGAGCGUGAGGAUUUUGCAGUGGUCAUGCAGCCCUUUUUCCGAAACACCUUGUUGCCCCUGGAUAGCAACGGCAAGCCUGAUCUGAGUUUCUUUGCUGCAGACUGCUUUCAUUUCAGUGCAAGAGGCUACGCUGAGAUGGCCAUAGCUCUCUGGAAUAAUAUGUUGGAGCCAAUUGUCGAAAAGCAGACUUACAACAACUUUACCCAUGAAAGAUCAAAACUCAAGUGUCCAAACCCAGAGAAACCUUUUCUUUCCACAAUGAGAAACAGUGGAUUCAGAAGUUCAGAGGUCAACUUGGAGAAAACCGUACCUUCAGUCCCCUUCUGGGCUGUCAUUGUGGCUGCAGUAGCUGGAGUCCUGGCGGGUUCUUUACUCAUCUGGCUUGUGUCAGGAAGAAAAGCCAAGAGGCACCAACAUGAGACUGGCACAAAAAGCAAUAUGAAAACAACACCUCUGUAAAGCAAGUGGAACUAAAAUCUCUGGUGUGAUACAGAAUGCAGCAGAAUAAAAAAACCUAUUGGAUAUAAAUGAAGCUUCUUGGUUAGCCAGGAAUUUUGGGGCCCAAUAAUCUUGAUCAGAAAUGUACUAUAGGAUAAGCUUCUGCAGGUCAGUUGCAGAUCAUCAUCAGGGGAUGAAGUUCAAAGUGUUAAAGCUUUUUCACUCUGGGAUGCAAUUCUCCAUUUCAUGGAUAUUUCUCAGGCUGGUAAUUGCUUGCAUGAAGUGAGAAAACUUUCAUGCAUCUUGGCACCUUAAUUGCACAUCUGCCCUUUUUUCUUAUA